ACACAGACACAACAGCACAAGCUAGAGGUCUGAGUACGAAGUGCGCUCUGUUUACAUAGCUCUGGGGAAGAAAGACGUCGGGGAAUACUACUGAUCUCAUUUCUUUCAUAAGGUUUGAAUUGCAUAUUUGUACCACCUGGCUUGCUCUGGAAGUGAACUUAUAUUCUAUAUACAAAUUAAACUCGUGCUUCUUAAGGCAUUUUUGAAAGUUAACUUAUGGCACCCGCAGAGCUGCUAGGGGGCUACUUUGGCGGUCUGGAGGGGUUUGGGCAGGUUGGCUCGCAUUUCCUCCUGCCCCCAGCUGGGGAUAACCCAAUUUUGCUGAGUGAUCACCUAUCUCACACCGACAGGUUUUCUCGGGGCUCCUCCACGGAUUUAGCCCACUUGCAGGGCAUACUUCGGAGAAGGCAACUCUACUGCAGGACUGGGUUUCACCUGGAGAUUCUCCGUAAUGGCACUGUGCAGGGAACACGGCAGGAUCACAGUCGUUUCGGAAUCCUUGAAUUUAUAAGCAUGGCUGUGGGACUUGUCAGCAUUCGAGGUGUGGACAGCGGUCUCUACCUUGGAAUGAAUGAGAAGGGGGAACUAUAUGGAUCGGAGAAGCUAACAGCAGAAUGUAUAUUCCGUGAACAGUUUGAAGAGAACUGGUAUAAUACAUACUCAUCUAAUCUUUACAAACAUGGUGAUACUGGGCGACGAUACUAUGUAGCCUUAAACAAAGAUGGCAGUGCCAGAGAUGGCUCCCGGUCCAAAAGGCAUCAGAAGUUCACACAUUUCCUGCCAAGACCUGUAGAUCCGGAGAAAGUACCUGAACUCUACAAGGACAUCUUAGGAUAUAGUUGAAAAAUUCCUGUUUUUAAAGAAGAAACGCUUCUUACUUUGUGUUCAUGAGAACGAAGGUUGCAGGACAGCUCCCUAAAGACGCCAGACAUAGGGAGCUAUCCGUAAAGGAGACACUAAUGGAAAGCUUGGUGUACAGCUUCGCAAAGCCAUAUGACCGUGGCAGAAUUCUGAAGAUGAUGAUGAUGAUGACAGUGGUGGUAUUGCUGAUUAUAAGACACAGUAACAUCUAAGCAGAUCCCCCUCAUUUGCUGGAUAUGGAGCCAAGCAGGUCAUUGCACAGGAGGGAAUGAACUUUAGAGUUGCUGGUACUAGCUCAGCUGCAGAAACACUUUCUGGGCAUUACAGUGAGAGAGAAACUAUAGGCACAUCUGUAGCAUAAAAAGGGUUAAUAUGAAAAGGGAAGAAAUAUAGUAACCCUUAAAAUCCGUGCCUCAUAUAGAUGUGAACCUAAAUAGAUUUGGUGCUACUAUUGACUCAGUUCACAAAUCAUAUUGACUGAUUAUAUUUUAGGGCAGACUUAUUUAUGCAACCUCCUAUUUACAUAUUUAUUUUGUAUAUGUAUUUAUUGGAGAUUUUAUUUUUUUGACAGAAAAAAAUAAGACAAUAAAUUCAGUUUCAGUGCCAAUAUAUACCUACAUUAUUUCACAAUGCAGCCUUUGCAGCUUAAUGACCUAGAAAAUUAGAUUAUAUAGAAAGAUUUUAGUCUUUAUUUUUAUUCUGAUAUAGAUACUUGCUAAUUUAUGAAA